UACUGUAUCAAAAGGCGCGCUGCGUGAGUAGCACGCGCUGUCAAUGAGCUUUCGCACACCUGCAUUUCCGGUUACAACAAGGUUUCUGACAGAGCAUUUUCAAAGCCAGCACUUAUCCAUUGUUGCAUUGCAAGACUUUUAGACCGUUGAUUCAUACAUCAAUUGAUUGUACAUGGUAUAAGUAUGAGUUACCAGCUGUACAGAAACACAACCCUUGGCCACACGCUGCAGGAGAGUCUUGAUGAGCUGAUACAGUGUGGUCAGAUAUCGCCAGGCCUAGCUCUCAAGGUCUUGCUACAGUUUGACAAAGCCAUCAAUAAUGCUCUUGCUAACAGAGUCAAGUCAAAGAUAUCCUUCUCGGGCUCCCUGAACACUUACCGCUUCUGUGACAAUGUAUGGACAUUUGUUUUGAACAACGUCAAGUUCAGAGAAGGACCGGUACAGGACAUUGCCAAGGUGGACAAAGUGAAGAUCGUGGCCUGUGAUGGGAAAGGACAGGAUCAGCCACAUUAAUACUGAAGGAAUCUGGAUGUGAAAAAAAUUCUCAUGGUGUUGGUGGGGAAAAGCAGCUACAAUCCAUCCACACUGAAAAACAUGGACGUCCAGUCGGCCAUCUUGUUUGUGGCACGAAGAAAUUCUUGAAUUUGAAGCCUGGGCUGUGUUUGUCCAUAUGCAUCUUGCCUGACAACCGUGUAUCAUUUGUACAUUGCCAUGUUGAGGGGUGAUGUUUUGGGGUGGCUAUUUAGUUUUGAUGGUCUCUGUGGAAGGUAUUGAUAUUUUCAUUGCUUGUAGUAGUCAUGUUCGGGUAAAUGUCCUUUUCACAAUUUAAGACAUGUGUUUUUUCAUGUUUCUUCUAAUUAUGUUAGCUAAAAUAAUGUUACUAGGUGCCAACAAAUAGAGACAUCUGAUUGGCCAAGAUUUGGGGUAAUCCCUAUUCUAUUUUUAGUAAUUCAAGUCAACAUAAAUUAUUAGACCUUGCAUGGAGUCUAAAUGUGUUUCUGUCGAAUGACAACUGCUAGGCUAUGAAUAUGGAGGGAAAACUUAGUAUUUAAUGAUAAUUCUCAUUCAUUUUGUCAAAGUAACAUGUAUGGAUUGACUACUAUAGACAUGAUAGAUGGGAUUGGGGGCCUUUUGCUCCUAUGUCUGGCAUGUUAAGCCUAAGAUGCAUCAUGUAAUGAUUAUUUGGGUGAGCAUUUUACAAACAUGUACAUUUUUUCCUUUAUAUCAUAAGAUCAAAUAUCUAUAAUUAAAUUAAUUAAAUAAUUACCAUAUUUCUGUUUCACAUAUCUGAAUGCUUUUCUUUGUGAUUUACAUCCCCGAAAACAACACCUGAAAGUAAUAUCGGUUGCAGUUAUGAUUUUCUCAUAAAUCAGGCAUGAUGAUAAAAAUGAAAUGCAUGGCCGUCAUGACACGAGUGAGAAUGGUUCAUCCCGUUAUUUCCCAAUGUUGAUCAGCUGAUGUUUGAUUGUGUGAGGGGCUUACAUUGAAGAUUCUUGUGUGGAGUUCAUUCUAAAGCGCAGCAUUUGUAAUUCUCAUGCAAAAAUUAUCACCGUCGUACAGAAGUUAUAUGCAUGGUUUCCAAACAAAAGAAUUUAAUAUUAUGACUUUCAUUUACAAGCACACAUUUGUCAGUAUGCUCCAUUAUUGUGAAGAUAUGCGGGCUGAAAAGCCAGUUAAAGGCGAACUGACAAGUAUUCAUGGAGCUGUUCGUCUACCAUUGUCUUGUACGGACAGUUUUUUCCAAGAAAAGCAAAAGCCAUCGUCUUCAAUUAUUU